AGGCGCGAUCUCUCGCAUGUGGCUCUAAUUACAUUUGUGCCCUUCGCAGCGACUGAGAUGUGCCUCCCACUACAGUUCUAGUUUGGCACGUGGAUGGGAAUGGUCUACCUUUGAGUCAGUCGGCAAACUUCUUUAAGGUCAGUGCGUGAAGGGGCUUCCUAUUUGACAGAAUUGUCAGUGCUCUUUGUUCCAUCUUCUAUUGCACCCAACAAAGUUCGGUCGGUCUCGUUAUUGUGAGAAAACUCAUUCCGCUGUAUGUAGCCACGUGACUAGCGAAUUGUUAAUUUUAUUACAAGCAGUAAACAUUCAAGUCGUCACUAUCGAAUUCGAACGAAGUCCAGGUGAAUACGUGCGCGGGCGCGCCCCUUUAAUCAAAACAGUCCGUCAAAUGGAACACGGGUUAGCAAGGGCUAUCUAUUUUUGGACUGCGGCAGGCAGAGGAUCUUUCCUCUGGCGCCGGAACUAGAAGCCAGAAAGUUCGCAACGGUAGCUCACAGCUUGCUUCCAACGAUCGCGAAAGCUGGCUAAAUAUAGGAUUCACAUAUUGCGAGGUGGGCACCGCCAGAAUUGCUCACCACCAUGGAAGAGGCGCCGGCGCUACUACGGCGCGGUCUGUCGGCGGAUCGACGAACCAGCGAUUACAAAACAUCAAUUGCAUCAUCAUUACUGUCUACACAACAGCCAGCCAUGCUGAAGGUGGUGGGUGCGUCCUGGUUCCAAACCAGGAUGAGCAAGUUGAUCCUUGUGGCAGUGGUUCUCUUAGGAGUGAUAAUUCUGAUCCUUGGAGAGAUUGAAGUAAAGGCAGAGGAUGGUAACUACGCAGCAACUGUCACUUGGGUGGAGAGCACAGGUUUCAACAUAGAAUUUUGGGGUCAGGGCAACGAUCCACAGGAGAUACCACAAGGUGUUGCAAGAGCAUACUACAGACCUGAUCUGAAAUUUGAUGGGUGGGCCAAACUGGAGAUUCAGACCUACAGUGGUUCACCUGACUGGAUUCAAGCUUUUGCCGCAGGCCUUCUGGAGGGCAGCCUCACAUGGCAGAUGAUUUAUUGGCACUGGAUCAACACUGUGCAGAAUGUGUGCCAAAACCGUCAACACCUUUGCGAAGAGAUCCACUCUGUCCUGGAGGAAAAUGAGCGUUGGACCCGAGAAAAAGCUGCUGAGUAUAAAGCCACCAGUCCUUUCUGGUACCAGGUACAUUUGUUCUACUUGCAACUAGAUGGCCUUGAAGUUGGAUGGAGGCAAGGAGUAGAAAGAAGCAGGCUGGAAUUGGAUAUUCCACACUUGGACUUCAUUUGGAUGAAUGCAGUAACUGACAUUAUUGAUCUGGAAAGGAGACACUCCAGUACUCUUGAACCUUCAUUGGGGCUCUUCACUGCUGCAAAUUUCUCAUCCAUUCUUGUGAAACAUUUGCAUGAUACUCAAGAAAUUUUCAUGGCUCACAAUACUGGAGGAAUGUACCAAUCAAUGCUACGACUUCUUAAGCGAUAUGAAUUAAAUUAUCAUGAGGCACCCGAUGAAGUAUCUGAUGUAGUACCUGGCCAAGUGAUAGAAUUUUCAUCUUAUCCUGGCUCAAUCCAUUCUCAGGAUGAUUUUUAUAUAAUCUCUGGUAUGUCACCUCAGGGGAAGAAUCAUCAGCUGAAAACAGCAAGCAUUCCAAUCAACAACUAUAACAGAGCUCUGUGGAGAAAAUCUAAACCACAACAGCAGGUUCUGUCUGGUCCAAGAGUCAUGACUGCAAACAGGUUGGCACAAAAUGCUCGCCAGUGGGUCCACCAUUUGGCAGAGUCUAACAGUGGCACAGGCAAUAGGCAAUGGGUUGUGCUAGACACAGGGAAAGUGGGAAAGCCACCCCGUGAAUCCAACAGGGUGCCAAGGAGGCGUCGUGGCAGUCAAAAGAGCCGCCACCAGAAGCACCACUUGCAUGGUCUACUGUGUGUUGUGGAGCAGCUGCCUGGUCUCACUCGGGCUUCAGAUGUCUCUCACCAACUGAUUGCUGAAGGGUUUUGGGCCUCAUUGAGAGGUGUACCUUACCACCAGGACAUCUGUGAUGCAAGUCAUUGUGCCGACAUGAAACAGACACUAGAACAGUCGUCACUAGCAAGGUCUUUCAAAGAAGAUCAGAAGAGAGCAACAGAUGUAGCAACAAUAAUGUAUCUGAUGAGAAAUUAUUAUUACAAUGACACCUUAUUAUCUGAAGAUGAACAGUCAAUGAUAGCCCCAAGAGGUGACAUACAACUUGAUCCCAAGCUGCCACUUGGAGUGAUUGAUACAAAGGUUUCCAUCUGGGCGCCAAAUACAUCUGUUCAAGUUUAUGCCAUUGCUGGUCCACCAUUCAGUAUGAAUGCAAAUAUAACUGCAGAAAGUAAUGAUGAAAGCAAUGAUGUGCCUCAAGAUGAUGUUGAAAAUCACAAAUAUCCUGUCUUUCCUUAUAAAUGGUCUUCUAGUUCUUUUGUGAAUUUAUCUCACCUGGGGCAACCAGAUGUUUGGAAUUUCAACAUUUUUGUCUCAGAAUGGUCCUGGCACCAACAUGGAAAUUAUACAGUUGCCCCUGAGAAGCCAGAUUAAAGAGUGUCUUUCUAAUAUCUUUUUUUGUCUUUUUGUGAUUAUUCUAAAAAUCUGUCUUCCAUUAUUACUGAAUAAAACUGAAUUUUUUACAACUCUGAAGAAA